AUGUCCGCCACGAGAUCACGUCCGCUCUUUCAGACGUCGGCAGAGAUCAAAGCCACCAAAGCCAUCAAAACGAUCAAAACGAUCAAAGCCGCCAAAACCAUCAAAAGCAUGAAAGCGAUCAAAGUGAUCAGACAACCUGACCACCCUCGAGCAGAAUGCUGUCUCGAAGAAAGUGUCUGCUUGCAUUUUCCGGUCGAGAUGAGAGUUGAAGAGAGAGAGAGCGAGUCAGACAACAAACAUGAUGACCUUGUUCUUUCGGUUUACUUUCAAGCCUGUCUUCCGUUUCCGUCCAACAGUUUCUUCCAGCUUUUUCCUUUUCUUCAUUUUCCUCUUUGCCUUCUCUUUUUCAUUCUCCUUUUUCCUACCUGCCGGCUUCUGCUUGCCUUUUUGCCUCUUCCUCCCAUUCCCCUUUUCACUAUUCUCCCACUUGUUCUACCCCCUUGUCUGCUACUUUGUUGCAUCUUUCGCUUCUUCUCGUCGGCAACUUUGUCCAGACGUCUCCAGACUGAAGCCAACCAAUCGUUUUUACACAUUCCACCCGUUCUCCACACACUUCCCUCCACCCACCAGUUCGAGUCCGGUACAUUCGGUUCUCGCUUGUCAGCCCCACCCACUUUCGCGUCUUCUCGUGUCAACCAAGCGAUGGCGGAUGAGCAGCUCUCGAAAAUAAACACCCUCGACUCCACCUCCAAGUCGUCCGCUCCAAUUUCAUUCGUUUGA